AUGGCUCACUGUUUUCCAGGAGUCGAGCGAGAAAUGCAAAUCUGCCACAGCCAACCACACCUCGUUCCACCCAUGAAGCUGGUCUUCUACGGUGACCUGCCCAGUCCAGGAGGAACAAUCCCCCAGUCAAGGUCGUCUCUGUCUUUGCCUCCAUGGAUACAUGAGACCAAGACUAUGGCCAACAGAGCGUCACAACGCGCAAGUGUUCUUCUCGCCCGGAGGAAAACACAAUCCCGGCCUAUCAUCGGCGCACCAACGAACUUUAGGCGGGUUGAUACUCCUCGCCGACGGUCAUCUUUUCGGCCAUUGGAGCUUAGUAUCUAUUCGCCUGGGAAUAGACUAUCUGAUCUCCCUGAGUUUAGUCAUUUCGACCUAGACAGUCCAGUACCACCCUCGCCCCUGCCGAAGGCGCUCAUGUCGCCGUUCAACUCCGCAGGCCAUCGGCGGAGAGAGUCAGGCCCAUUCCAACUCGCACGCAAGCCGGUAGGAUCCGCUCCAUCUCGAAGAAACUCUUUCGCAACAUUUGAACUGCAACUGCAUCAAGCCCAGGCACAACAAGCACAGGCGCGGCAAAGUCUAGAUGCAAUUCUUCUCAGCCCGCUUAUCCCUCAUUUCUCCGUACUCAACACCACAGAUCUAUUCUCUCAACAAUACGUCAAGUCUCCGUCGGAAAACCAACACCCUGUUGAGUCAAGUUUAGGAUCACCUGUCCAAAACAAUCGCUCACCUACUGAGGCCGCCAGCCUUGAAGAAACGUCUUUCUCUCCAAAGUCUCCCGACUUCUCCACGGAUAGAAGUUCCUUCGACCACCAACGAAGAAAUACAACAAACGCCAAUGGAAAGAGACAACCAAGUCAAACACAACCACUUUCUUUUUCACGUCACACCACCACCGCCGUACAUCAUCAGAGUUCCAAAUCUUCCUCGACAUUCCAAACUCACAGCCGCAUACGCACGACUAGCAAUUCAACAGUAUCCUCCCGGACACCCUCGCUGUCCAGCGCAAUUACAGCAGCUACAACCAUCUUACCCUCGGACAAAGAUAUUGAUAGCGCUGCCUUUACUGCUUUGCCCAUGAUCCCGGCCAGUGUAAAGAAUAGUGUCGUGGUUGAGGAGCCUCAAGUCCAUGAUGAACAGGAUCUUAUUUCAGGAGGUUACGAAUACGACCGGCGAUUUCCGUUGAGUCCGGUUGGAGUGGCUUUUUAA